AUGUAUCCAUCACUGAAAGAUCUUGUCCAGUCACGGGUUACUGCUACUACUCCUGACUUGAAUCAAACAUUCUCAUCAGCAACAACUUACAAUUUGACCCAAGGUUUAAAAGCCGUCUAUUGUGGUAGCGCAUUCCUACCAGCAUUUGUUAUGGACGAAUGUCAUGCAACACUCGAUGAUAAUGGCUUCGAUUUUGUGAAAAAGUGUGUGGAAGCUAUAGAAGAAAAAGGGAUCCGGGAGCAAGGCUUAUAUCGGAAUUGCGGGGUAACAUCGAAAGUGCAGAAGUUGAUGCAAAUUGGAUUGGAUAGACGUCGAUCCUUGCAUGAAAAAUUCAGCUUUAAUGAUGAUGAUUGGGAAAUUAAAACUUUAUCAAGCGCUCUUAAAACAUUUUUGAGGAAUUUACCUGAACCCUUGAUGACGUUUGAGUUACAUUCACACUUCAUCAAUGCCGCUAAAAUGGAUUGUAAAGCGCGUGUUUGCUGCAUUCAUUAUUUUGUUUAUAAAUUACCGCAAAUACAUUUCGAGAUGCUUAAAAUUAUUUUUUUGAGAGUUGCAGACUGUUCUAGUGAAAAUUUGAUGACAGUAGGUAAUCUUGGUGUUUGCUUUGGGCCAACUUUGCUUCGGCCAAAAGAAGAAACAAUGGCAGCUAUAAUGGAUAUCAAGUUUUGUAAUGUUGUCGUCGAAGUCCUGAUUGCAAAUUAUGAUCUCACUGACAUUAGGUAA